UCCAAACCCCAAACUUGUUAGAGCCACCAAACAGAGUUUCGUCAACGUGUACAAUUCCACAACCACUUUUAUUUUAUUUAUUUAUUCAUCUCUUUUAUUUCUUCCUUAUUCACCACUCCAAAUCCAAACAAUAAUAAAACUCACACACAAAAAAAUCUUUAUCUCUUCUCUCACCCUUUACGUUUCCUCAUCCACCCUCACUUUAUCAUCACAAUCUUCAUCUCUGUUCAUAUCUUCAAUUCAAUCAACAAUCAAAUGGGUCCACUCGUAAUCAGCCAAUUAGCCACCGGUCUAAGCGUCCUAGCCGGAGCGGUUCUCGUUAAACAGGUCAUGGACCAAAAACCCAUGGCCGGUCCAUCAUUUCCACGAUGCCCCAGCUGCAACGGAACCGGUCGAGUCCCUUGCCUCUGUUCACGCUGGUCUGACGGUGAUAUCGGUUGUAGUACGUGUUCCGGUUCGGGUCGCAUGGGUUGCAGCAGUUGUGGUGGGUCCGGAACCGGUCGACCUUUACCUGCUAGGAUCACAAUUCGGCCGACGAACCGCCCUUCUUAGUUGACCGGUUCGGUCUAGAGUUUGUUCUCAUCGCAGCUCUGUUUAGCGUUAGUAAAAAAUUUUAUACUUGUUUUUUAUUUUUAUAUCCCGAUUUAAUCAAUCAUAUAGGUGUUUGUGUAAUAUAAAGUGCAAAUUUAACACUUUGAAAUAGAGAGCAAAAGGGAUAUUGUUAUGUUGUAAUUAAAUUACUGUAAGUAAGAAUCUUGAUUGUCUUCAUCAUCAUAUAAUUUUGAUUAAUCCUA